AUGCGACGUUUUGAAUGUCGGAGACCGAAUACAACAAUGGAGAUGUAUUUGGAUGGAUCUACGGUAUCCAAACCGGACUCUCGUGCGACUAUUAGGGCCGUCGCGAUCGCUAUAUGCCUUCUUAUUCGCUCUCCUGGUAACACCAUGGACACCGUCGAAGGGGAUCUUGAUAUUUUUGAUGAGACUCUUCAUCCUAUGAAGAUUGAACAAUCACCUGACGAGAAUCCUAAUCUUCCUCCCAGCCUCAAGACUGUUCAUAGGUUUAUCAGGAAGAUCUUCCAAAACGCCCAAUUGUCUCCCGAGUGCGCUAUCGUUACAAUGGUUUAUCUCGAGAGACUGCUCCACGGUGGUCGACUAUAUCUGAGCGUGACAAACUGGAAGCGUAUUCUCCUUUGUGCCAUCCUCCUCGCCAGUAAAGUGUGGGAUGAUCAGGCUGUGUGGAAUGUCGACUACUGCCAAAUCCUCGAUGAACUUAAAGUGGAUGACGUGAAUGAAUUGGAACGGCGUUUCCUUGAGAUUAUCCAGUUCAAUAUCAACAUCCCCAGUUCGGUAUAUACUAAGUACUACUUUGAUAUCAGGGAUCUUACGGUCUCCAGCCACGAGUUCACUCGGCUUUCUGUUGACGCAGCCAGGGACCUCGAGGUGAGUCUACGCCUUGUGUUUUUAUUGCUCGCUUUUGAAGUAGCAGCAUUUUUUCGUAUGGUAUAG